AUGGCCAGCGGUAGGGCGCCAGGUCGUCAUCCCGCCGCUGGCCGGGAUGAUGACCUGCUGCAGCUAGAAGACUCGCGUUCCAUCUACAACACAGGACAGCCCCCGCCCGUCAACGACGAGCGUCUCUUGCGACAGUACGACAUUGACGACUCCGACCAACCCCAACCUCGCCCCUCCGUUUCCUAUGAUAAUUUCGUCGGCGGUCGAGUGCAACCGCAGUAUGGUUCUCAUGCGACAAGCUCCGCGGCGCCUCCGGCGGAGGCCGGGAUAUACAUGACAGAUCCCUACUCCGGACACGAUGUAUCUCGAACAUAUUCGCAGACUUCUGGGUUGAGCAAUUAUCAGCGCUACUCGAUGGACGAAUACGACGAUGAUCGGGCAACGCACGGGUACUAUGACAUGACGGGGCAGGAUCCGAUGGAGUCGGACUCGCGUAUGCGGCAGGCCAAGGAGAGGAACAGUAUACUCAGUAUGGGCGGCGGGCUUGUAGGCAGGGCGAAGCAUAUGCUGGGAAUGAAGCCUGAGUAUUCCGAGAUGGACCUUCCCCUGACCGAACCCGGAGCUCGCGCCGCACGAGUCGACAGCACCAACACAGAGGACGGGCCUGCGCCAAAGAGACCCAGGAGACCGUCCUUCAAAUUUGGAUUUGGCGGACGAAAAGUCGACCCGUCUACUCUCGGUCCUCGUAUGAUCAUGCUCAACAACCCUCCAGCCAACGCUACGCACAAGUUUGUCGAUAACCAUGUGUCAACAGCCAAGUACAACAUCAUUACUUUCCUCCCGAAAUUCUUGUACGAACAAUUCUCGAAAUACGCCAACUUGUUUUUCUUGUUCACUGCAGUACUGCAGCAGAUCCCUAAUGUGUCGCCGACGAAUCGAUAUACUACGAUUGGACCGUUGUUGAUUGUGUUGAUGGUUUCAGCGAUCAAGGAACUGGUUGAGGAUUACAAGCGGAGAACGUCCGACAAAUCUUUGAACUACUCAAAAACCCAAGUCCUUAAGGGAUCUGCGUUCCACGAGACCAAAUGGAUUGAUGUGGCUGUGGGAGAUAUUGUCCGCGUCGAGUCUGAACAGCCUUUCCCGGCUGACUUGGUUCUCUUGGCCUCCUCGGAGCCGGAGGGUCUGUGUUACAUUGAGACGGCGAAUCUGGAUGGUGAAACCAACCUCAAGAUCAAACAGGCCAUUCCCGAAACUGCACAUCUUGUCAGCCCAGCUGACCUGAGUAGACUCAGUGGUCGAAUUCGUUCUGAACAGCCAAACAGCAGCUUGUACACGUAUGAAGCAACUCUGACUAUGCACGCUGGAGGCGGCGAAAAGGAACUUCCUUUGGCUCCGGAUCAGCUUCUUCUUCGAGGAGCCACCCUUCGCAACACACCAUGGAUUCACGGUAUCGUCGUCUUUACCGGUCACGAGACCAAGUUGAUGCGAAACGCCACCGCAACACCGAUUAAGCGCACGGCCGUCGAGCGCAUGGUCAACAUUCAGAUUUUGAUGUUGGUCAGCAUUCUCAUCGCACUCAGCGUUGUGAGCUCAGUCGGCGACUUGAUUAUCCGGCAGACUGAGAAAGACAAACUUACGUACCUGGACUAUGGUAACACCAACCCCGGCAAGCAGUUCAUCAUGGACAUAUUCACCUACUGGGUGCUGUAUUCGAAUCUUGUCCCGAUUUCUCUCUUUGUCACGAUCGAAAUCGUCAAGUACGCGCAGGCUUUCUUGAUCAACUCGGACCUGGAUAUCUACUACGAUGUAACGGAUACUCCCGCCACGUGCAGAACUUCGUCAUUGGUCGAAGAGCUCGGUCAGAUUGAGUACAUAUUCUCCGAUAAGACUGGUACUUUGACCUGCAACAUGAUGGAGUUCAAGCAAUGCACAAUUGCUGGUAUCCAAUAUGGAGAGGAUGUUCCCGAAGAUCGACGAGCAACGGUUGAAGACGGUGUCGAAGUUGGUGUCCACGAUUUCAAGACGCUAGCUAAAAACCGGGCUUCUCACCCAAGCAAGGAUGCUAUUCAUCACUUCCUUACUCUUCUUGCUACAUGCCAUACUGUCAUUCCCGAACGGUCUGAUGCAGACCCGGAUAAAAUCAAGUACCAGGCCGCAUCUCCUGAUGAGGGAGCUCUUGUCGAGGGCGCAGCGUCUAUGGGAUAUCGGUUCACCAACCGAAAGCCGAGGUCUGUCAUCAUCUCGGUCGACGGACAAGACUACGAGUAUGAGCUGUUGGCAGUCUGUGAAUUCAACUCUACGAGAAAGCGCAUGUCUACGAUCUUCCGGUGUCCGGAUGGCCGAAUUCGCGUUUACGUCAAGGGCGCCGACACUGUUAUUCUUGAGCGUCUUCACCCCGACAACCCAAUGGUCGAAUCAACGCUGCAGCAUCUCGAGGAGUACGCCUCGGACGGCCUGCGGACCCUUUGUCUGGCUAUGCGUGAGAUUCCCGAGGAUGAGUUCCAGCAAUGGUAUCAGAUAUUCGACAAAGCGGCGACUACCGUCAGCGGUAACCGUGCGGAUGAGCUCGACAAGGCUGCGGAGCUCAUUGAAAAGGAUUUCUACCUUCUCGGGGCUACCGCUAUUGAGGAUCGACUGCAAGACGGUGUUCCGGAUACUAUCCACACACUGCAGACUGCAGGCAUCAAAAUUUGGGUCUUGACUGGCGACAGACAGGAAACUGCCAUCAAUAUUGGCAUGUCGUGCAAGCUGAUUUCUGAGGAUAUGACGUUACUUAUUGUCAACGAAGACAACGCUCAAGCUACCAGGGAUAAUCUUACGAAGAAGCUCCAGGCUGUUCAGAGUCAACCCGAGGCCGAACAGAUGGCUUUGGUCAUUGACGGUCGAUCUCUUACAUUCGCUCUCGAAAAGGAUAUGGAAAAGCUCUUCCUUGACCUUGCGGUCGUCUGCAAGGCUGUUAUUUGCUGUCGUGUAUCCCCCCUUCAAAAGGCGCUCGUUGUCAAGCUUGUCAAGCGCCAUCUGAAAUCUCUACUCCUGGCUAUUGGCGAUGGCGCUAACGAUGUUUCUAUGAUCCAAGCUGCCCAUGUUGGCGUUGGUAUCAGUGGUGUUGAAGGUUUGCAGGCCGCAAGAUCUGCAGAUGUUUCAAUCGCACAGUUCCGUUAUCUUCGCAAGCUUUUGCUUGUCCAUGGCGCCUGGAGUUAUCACCGGAUCAGUCGAGUCAUCUUGUACUCAUUCUACAAGAAUAUCGCCCUUUACAUGACACAGUUUUGGUACUCCUUCCAAAAUGCAUUCUCCGGUGAAGUCAUUUACGAAUCAUGGACUCUCUCCUUCUACAACGUCUUCUUCACAGUUCUCCCUCCAUUUGCGAUGGGAAUCUGUGAUCAAUUCAUCUCCGCUCGACUUCUGGACAGAUAUCCCCAGCUGUACCAACUCGGACAGAAAGGAAUGUUCUUCAAGCGGCACAGUUUCUGGUCUUGGAUUGCCAACGGCUUCUACCACUCUCUGCUCCUGUACAUCGUCUCCCAGCUCAUCUUCCUCUACGAUCAUCCUCAGAGCGAUGGCAAGACGGCCGGUCACUGGGUAUGGGGCUCCGCGCUCUACACGGCUGUUUUGGCGACUGUCCUUGGCAAAGCCGCGCUGAUCACGAACAUCUGGACGAAAUACACCUUCAUUGCUAUCCCUGGUUCUAUGAUCAUCUGGCUCGGCUUCCUCCCGGCCUACGGAUACGCCGCACCAGCCAUCGGCUUCUCAACCGAAUACUACGGCACGAUCCCUCGUUUAUUCAAGGACCCGGUCUUCUACCUCAUGGCCGUUGUUCUCCCCUGCAUCUGUCUGCUCCGUGACUACGCCUGGAAAUACGCCAAGCGCAUGUACUACCCGCAGCACUACCACCACGUGCAGGAGAUCCAGAAGUACAACGUCCAGGACUACCGACCACGCAUGGAACAGUUCCAAAAGGCGAUCCGGAAGGUGCGGCAGGUGCAGCGGAUGCGGAAGCAGCGCGGAUACGCGUUCAGUCAGGCGGACGAGGGCGGGCAGAUGAGGGUUGUCAACGCUUACGAUACCACGAGGGCAAGAGGACGAUAUGGCGAAAUGACCAGUUCGCGGAAUUUGGUUUGA